AUGGGAUCCAACGUCCUCAUCAGACAAGUUUGGAAGCACAACUACGAGGAGGAGAUGAAGGCCAUCAGGGGCUUCCUCUGCUUGUUCCCAAUCGUCUCCUUCAGUACCCGCGUUCUUCUCUGCCCCGACAGAGUCCCUGCCUCCACGGACUGGGGCGACAUCGAUGCUAACUAUGCCACUCUCCGCCAAAUGGCUGACAACAACAAGAACAACAUGGUGCAGGUCGGCCUUGCCUUCUCUAGCAAGCGAAAGGAGAUGCCUACUUGCCCAGAAACCUGGCAGCCUUGUGUGUGGGAGUUCAACCUCAUGCCGGUGGAUAACGGCGGCAACGGCCGGGAUCUAUCGGAGGAGGAGGAGCAGUUCUUGCAGAAGUACUGCACCGGUGGCAUCAGCGGCAGGAAGCUGAGGAGUGAAGGGAUCCAUCCGCGAUUAUUUGCCACCGACCUGUCGGGGCUGUGCACCUCGCUUACGUCGCACAAGAUUGACAUCUGCUGGGUGGUGUUCAAAGGCGGGCUCGACUUCGUUGCGCUGCUGAGCCAGAAAGUUCAGACCGGCCUGCCCACCGAGCGGGAGGCAUUCUUGAGGAUGGUGGCUUCCUACUUUCCCGCUUUGUACGACAUGGCUGCGUUGCUGGGGCUAAAGGGCGAAGGGAACGACGGGACACUGGAAGGGCUGGCGAGGUCGGUACUCUUGGAGAGGGAUGGGAGGGAACCCCAUGGAGCAGCAUGUGACAGCCUCUUCGCAUUGCACAUGUUCAUGAUGACGGAGGGGCUGCCCGCAGGCUGGGCUGAGAAGAAACCGGGGGUGCUCUUUGGCGUCACCUCCGAAGAAGAAGCAGCUAGUGCUUUGUUCUUGCGCUAG